UCGUCUGAUGCACCAGUACCGUUACAAGCCGCCUUGACGUCAUCACAAUCAAUCAAAAAAUUAAAAUUACGAAAAAACUUUGCAAGUGCAUCAUGUGGAGCCAAAAUUUUGUCGAACAAUGCAGAAUCAUCAAAUCCUUCCUCGAUAUUAUAUUCUUCGCCUGACGAAUAUAUGUUGAAUCCUUGUAAUGCUAAAAUAUGGUUUGUAGUCGAAUUAUGUGAAUCAAUUCGUAUUCUAAAUAUUGAAAUAGCCAAUUUUGAAUUAUUCUCAAGCGUACCAAAAACAUUUCGUGUAGCAGGUAGUGAUAGGUAUCCAACAAAAGACUGGCAUCGUUAUCACCUUGGAACUUUUAAUUGCACAUUUAAUCGUACAAUCCAAGGUUUUGAAACGGUUCAAUUCGACACAUAUUUAAAAUAUGUUCGAUUUGAAUUUCUCGAUUUUCAUGGCAGAGAGCAUUUUUGUCCAUUGAGCAUUGUUCAUGUGCAUGGUUCAAAUGUUGAGGAUGAAUUAAUAACGAUGGAAAAAAAUAAUGGUUAUCCAGAUAAAACGGAGGAAAUUGAUAAACAUUUAACAGAUUUAGAUGACGAUACGAAUGAUGAGCAACAAUCUUCAUCUGCUAUUGGAUCGGCUAUUAUUAACUUAGCCAAAAAAGUGUUUAAUUUACGACAACCAUCGCAACAAUCAUCACAACUUAAUCCAGUCUUAACAAGUACCACGGCAGCAGUACUGUUAUCAUCCGAGUUAAAUCCAUUGAGAAACGUCAAUGAUAACACCUGCGAUACUGUAUCAUCAUCAUCAUCAAUAACAAUAAAUGGCACUACCAAAUAUUCACUACUAUCUCUCUUAAAACAGUGUAUAUCGUUACUAUUCAGUAGAGAAAUUAGUAACUAUAAAGAACCAGUUAUAUUUUGUUCCAUUCCAAAUAGAUACUGUCAGUGUUAUGAAAAUAACACUCAAUUUACAAAUUCAAAUUCAACGACACCCAAUCUUCUAUCAGACCAGUGUGGAUAUUAUUAUCUAUUAACAACACGACAUUCAGCUCAUCAAAAAGUAAAUACAUCAAAUUCAUCUCAAACAACAGCAGCCACAGUAAACGUCACACAUCACAUUAAAACAGAUUUAACCAACGAUUCAGUAAUAGCCUUAUCAUCCAGUAGUAUAUCAAAUGAUAACUCAACCGAAAACCUCACAUUGGAAAACAAUUCUCAAGAAAGUGAUCCACAGAAACUAUCAAACGGAACUUCUCUUUUACCAUUCUUGUUCUAUAUUCCAUUAAUCAAUGUUCAUCGUCACCGUACUACCGUUGCAUUAUCAAAAGCACCGUUAACGCUUUUACUUUCGAAAUCAGCGGUCAACCUUUCUCUUCAUUUAAAAAUAGAUACGAGUACCACACACAAAACAUUGAAAUCAAAUAUUUCCAAUGAUACUACAGAAACAUUCAAUGUAACAAUUGCCGCGAUAUCGACGACUACAUUCAAUGAUGCAGAACCGUCAAUCACAAAUACAUCAUUAAAUUCUAUCGGUAACCGUGAGUCAGCACCUCAACUCACAACAGCAAACCCAUGGUUAAAAGCAAUGUUAAUGAAUAUAAAAACAUUACCAGAACUAUUUAAAAUAAUUGAAAAGCUCAAUCUUAAUUUAUCAUUGAGUAAUAGAUAUUUAGAAGAGCUUAGUCAACAUUAUUUAAAAAAGUUGGAUGAAACACAACUUGUUAUUGAUUUACUAUCGGUUGCAUCAAAGAUGGCUAAUGAUAGAGUAUGA